AUGUCAAUUGAAGCAAGCAGAACAUGUUUCCUGAUCGACUCAUUGCUCAAUAAAAAACCAAAGGAUGAACCAGAGACUGAAGAAGAGGAUGAAGAAGAAGAGGAGGAAGAAGAGGUGUCGUCUUCUGAAGUUACCAGUGAGAACGACAUGGAGACGGAAUCAGUGUCAACUAGUACCUCAACUGUGAUUCCGCCAAAGCCGGAUUUCUCGGCUCUUCAGAAGAUUUUCAGCAACAUUGACUUUGCAAAGAUUGCGGCAAUGAAAAGAAAUGGUCACCAGCCAAUGUUGAUGCGUCCUGAUUGCUUCCUCCCAUUCGAACUCACAAAGCAACUUCAAUUCGUGCAACAGACGUUCCAGAUGAAUGUUCUCCAUAAUCUGGGACACUCCUUGCCGCUUCCAUUUGUAUCUCCGUUACUCAAAAACGUAACACCUCUCCCAAAAAGGAUCCACAAUAAGAGAUCGCCGUAUGUGGACAAUACUCAGAAGGGAAAUUUAAAGAAGUAUCGAUGUGAUGUAUGCGAUAAAACGUUCAGUCGAAGCAACACUUUGAUAACUCACAAGCGAAUUCACACCGGCGAGAAACCAUUCAAAUGUGAACAUUGUGGAAGGGCAUUCCGUCAACCCGGAAACCUGACUCGUCAUAGACUGACGCAUACAACGGUGAAACCCUAUGUAUGUGGACUCUGCGACAAAGCAUUCAAUCGGGCAUCCAACCUUCAUACUCACAUGCGAACCCACACGAAUCUCUAA